AUGCUCGCGAGACUGAUAUCCCGCGGGUUCUCCACGGUCACCCCAGCAGCAAGACAGCUGCAGACAAGGAUAGUCCCCAAACUGACCACUUUCUACUCGGCAAACCCACUACACGAACAGGCCGUGAACGAACUGGAACAGUUGCUCCGCAAGUACAUCAAGUUACCGACGCUCCGCGAGACAAGCACAGCGGCGGCCCUUAACAGGGGGAGACUCCCCUGGAUCUCGCUCGACGAGUACGCACUCCGCUGCGGUGGCAGGUCCAGACUCAAACCCACGCAGUACCAGCAACUCGUCUGGUUGCUCAACAGACUCCACGGACUGGAUCCACAACUGAUCAACGACGAGAUCAAAUUACACUUGGCCAAGUACUCGAAACGGUCCGGGGACUUGCAACAGCACCGUGCCCGCAUUCCGUCCCUGGACUCCCAGGGAAGGAGCGUCGCGGUCGGACGCAGGAAGGCAGCCAGCGCAAAGGCGUACGUCGUCCGCGGGACAGGCGACGUGCUCGUCAACGACAGACCACUCAACGACUACUUCCUCCAGAUGCGCGACAGAGAGUCCGUCAUGUACCCGUUCCAGGUGAUCGACGCAGUAGGGGACUACAACGUAUACGCGCUCACGUCCGGCGGCGGGCCCACGGGCCAGGCAGAGGCGGUCAUGCUCGCCAUCGGGAAGGCCCUCAUCGCGUUCAACCCGCUGCUCAAAUCAAGACUACACAAGUCCGGCGUCCUCACGACAGACUACAGGCGCGUCGAGAGGAAGAAACCGGGCAAAUUGAAGGCGAGAAAGAUGCCCACUUGGGUCAAGAGAUGA